GGUAGGGGCGGGACAGGACCGGCCACCCGGCCCGUGGAGCCGGCGCGGGCGGGCUGCUGAGGUGGCUGUCGCCGGCUCCGAGCUGCGGCUUCCCGGGCCAAGCCCCCGAUGGAGGUCGAGGCCGCGGACGCUCCCCCGGGUGGGGUCGAGUCGGCGCUCAGCUGCUUCUCUUUCAACCAGGACUGCACAUCCCUAGCAAUUGGAACUAAAGCCGGGUAUAAGCUGUUUUCUCUGAGUUCUGUGGAGCAGCUGGAUCAAGUCCACGGAAGCAAUGAAAUCCCGGACGUCUACAUCGUGGAGCGCCUCUUCUCCAGCAGCCUGGUGGUGGUGGUCAGUCACACAAAACCACGGCAGAUGAAUGUGUAUCACUUCAAGAAAGGCACAGAGAUCUGUAAUUACAGCUACUCCAGCAACAUCUUGUCCAUAAGGCUGAACCGGCAGAGGCUGCUGGUUUGCCUAGAAGAGUCCAUUUAUAUUCACAACAUUAAAGACAUGAAGCUGUUGAAGACCCUCCUGGAUAUUCCUGCAAACCCAACAGGUCUAUGUGCUCUCUCUAUCAACCAUUCCAAUUCUUACUUGGCCUAUCCUGGAAGCCUGACUUCAGGGGAGAUUGUGCUUUAUGAUGGAAACUCCCUGAAAACAGUCUGCACUAUUGCUGCCCACGAGGGGACACUGGCUGCCAUCACCUUCAAUGCCUCAGGCUCCAAACUAGCAAGUGCGUCUGAAAAAGGCACAGUCAUCCGGGUGUUCUCUGUCCCUGAUGGGCAAAAGCUCUAUGAGUUCCGGAGAGGGAUGAAAAGGUAUGUGACAAUCAGCUCUCUAGUGUUCAGUAUGGACUCACAAUUCCUCUGCGCCUCCAGUAACACCGAGACAGUACACAUCUUCAAGCUGGAACAGGUCACCAACAGUCGACCAGAAGAGACUUCGACCUGGAGUGGCUACAUGGGAAAGAUGUUCAUGGCUGCUACCAACUACCUCCCAACCCAGGUGUCCGACAUGAUGCAUCAGGACAGGGCCUUUGCCACCGCACGCUUGAACUUCUCCGGGCAGAGGAACAUCUGUACCCUCUCAACGAUCCAGAAGUUGCCACGGCUGCUAGUUGCAUCAUCCAAUGGACACCUUUACAUCUACAAUUUGGAUCCUCAGGAUGGAGGAGAGUGUGUCUUAAUCAAAACCCACAGCUUGCUUGGCUCAGGAACAACAGAAGAGAAUAAAGAAAAUGACCUCAGACCUUCCUUACCUCAGUCUUAUGCAGCAACCGUAGCCAGACCAAGUGCAUCUUCAGCCUCCACGGUGCCAGGUUAUUCCGAGGACGGCGGGGCGCUGCGAGGAGAAGUUAUUCCUGAACAUGAGUUUGCGACGGGACCAGUGUGUCUGGAUGAUGAGAAUGAGUUUCCUCCUAUAAUCUUGUGCCGUGGAAAUCAGAAGGGCAAAACGAAGCAGUCAUGAUGAGAAGCACACCUCAGAAAUCAGGACAUCCCCCUAUCAGGUGGUUUUGGAGAAAACAAGGAAGGUGGAAGAAUGGAGUGCAAUUGUGUGAGCAGAAAGGGGGGCAGGAAUCCCGGGUGCUGCACUGCUUAAACCACAGGACCUGGUUAACUCCUCACCAAGCUUCCCACCACCCUGGUUGCCAGUGGGCGUGGGAGACCUUGUAUACACAUUAUGCUAUUUAAAAUAUGUUCAAACCAUAGUGUAAAUGCUAAUUAACCAUAUUGGUAUAUAACCAGAAUUUUAUAUUAAAAGGGGCCUCCUUUUUAAAUAUAUGCUGUGUAAAAAAAUGUACUUAUAGGAACAUCUCUCUGAAUUGUAUUUCUUGUAUAUUACAUACUUAGAGAGACUAUUUUAGCCAGGCAAAGUCUUUUUUGGCUGUGACUGGAAUAAAUCAUUUAUUACUGGGAGUCCCAUUUUGGACACUAAUAAUAAAAUCAUGGCAAUGCA